AUAAAACAUUAAAGUUAUUUAUAUUAAACAUGGAGGUAGAAUUUAGUAAGGAGAACUUUCUGCUGCCAGAAACUAAAUAUGAGUAUUUAGAUCACACCGCCGAUGUACAAUUACAUGGCUGGGGCAGCAGUCUUCAGGAGGCGUUCGAGCAAUGUGGCGUGGCCAUGUUUGGGUACAUGACAGAACUGGAAUACGUAUCGGUGGAAUCAUGCUUUGAGAUCGAGGCCAAGGGAGAUGACAUUGAGGGCUUGCUGUUUCACUUUCUGGAUGAGUUGCUUUAUUUGUUCUCCGUUGAACCGUUCUUGGUGUGCAAGAAACUGGAAAUCACCAAAUUUGAUUUGGACAACUUUGAAAUUGUAUGCCGCUGCUACGGAGAACCUUUUGAGCUGGGAAAACAUCCACAAGGGACAGAAGUGAAAGCCAUCACUUACUCGGCAAUGCAAGUAGUGCAGGACAAGGAGCGCAACCACUACGAAGUGUUUGUUAUAAUUGAUAUUUGAUAACAAAGGCGACAAUCGAGCUGGCGAGACGUCUCAUUCUUUUUAAGGUAUUAAAUUUGUUUGACAUUGUUGUUGUACUUAACUGAGCGUUAUUUGCAUUCACCCCUGUACACAUUAAUCAUAAGCGAAAUGCCCAAAAAAAAUGCAAUCACAAUAAGACGCUGACUAUUUUUUU